AUGGCUUUGAGGGAAGUUAGUCGCAAUGUGCGGGUGCUGCUCGGUCAUAUUCAGCGACAUGCUUCGAAACAACCAGCACGAUGUGUCAGCCAGGCUGCAGCCAAAGCAGAGCCCGCGGUGGAGCAGAAUGAAGCUGUCAGCCCCACAUUUGUGAACAGAAACCCCCGGAACCUGGAGCAAAUGGCUUUAGCUGUGAAGGACCGAGGAUGGAAAACUAUUUGGCCCCAUAAAGAGUUUUAUCACAGAUUAGUAUUUUCUCGGACACAGCACCACAUGACAGCAGAGGUGUUCUCCAGCUCCUCCCCUGACCCCGUGAUCACCUGUUCUACUAAAGAGUGGGCCCUGAAAAAGGAACUGCCCUCCACAAACUGUGUGGCUGCGUCUCAGGCCGUGGGCCAGGUCCUCGCCCUGCGGUGCAGACAGGCUGGCAUCACGAGGAUGGUGUUUAGAGCAAUACCCUGGACCUACCGCUCUGAUGCUGUGCAGUGCUUCAGAAAAUCCAUGAAAGAUGGUGGGAUUAUUCUCAGUGAACCACGACGAAAAUAUAUUGGUACAUAA